CUUUUGGACAUGGACUGCUUUAACAUGCACGUGGAGCAAAGAAUGAACCCUGAGCUGGAUUUCCCAUAUUAAAGCAGAAUGGCAGAAUGUAGAGGUUUAAGGUGUUCACUGAAAAACAACAUUUAUAACUGUUGUCUGUUUGUUUCUAGGACAGUAUGGCAGUUGACUGGCUGGGCUUUGGCUUUGCAGCUGCUGUUGUGUUUGGAGGUUUUGUGGGGUAUAAAAGAAAAGGUAGCGUGGUGUCAUUAAUAGCACAACUGUUUUUUGGAGCCAUAUCUGCAUAUGGGGCCUUUAGGGUAUCUACUGACCCUCAAGAUAUAUGGAUUGCUCUAGUUGCUUCUGGUGCUCUGGCACUUCUGAUGGGGGUGAGAUUCAAGAAUUCUGGGAAAUUAAUACCAGCAGGUAUUAUAACUGGAUUAAGCCUCCUGAUGGUUGUUUAA